CAGUCAGUUACUCUUGAGCAACGGAUACGUUUGGAAGCUUCCCAGAAAUCUUCUUGGUUAGCUUUUCGUCGCUACUUGUGGGUUUCUUAAAUAAAGUGGUGGGGAAAAAAUUGGUCAAGUGCAGGAAUUAUGGACGAAUUUUGCGGUUCGGAUUUUUGGGAUGCCAAUUUAACUUGGCACACCAAUGAACCAGAUUUAACCCCAUGUUUCCAGCAGACUGUACUUAUUUGGGCCCCAUGCGUUUUCCUGUGGGCCUUCUCCCUCAUUGAAAUCUACUACAUUCGCUCGAGUCGGAAUCGCGAUAUUCCCUGGGGCUUCCUCAAUGCAGCCAAAGUCGCCGUGACCUGUGCCCUUGUUAUUCUCACCACUGUGGACCUCAUAAAGGCUAUUGUGAUUCAGGAGGAUGCUGAAGUCUUUGCUGUUCACUUCUACACGCCUGUCAUAAAAAUUGCAUCAUUUGUACUUGCGGGUGUUCUCAUGUUCUACAACAAGAAACACGGCUUACAAACAUCAGGAUUGCUGUGGCUGUUUUGGUUUUUCCUCAUGAUCUUCGCCAUCCCACAGUGUAGGUCUGAGGUGCGCAACAGCAAUAUGAGAUCCACCCUGGGAAUUGAGGAUUCAUGGGCUGAAUAUCGAUAUGUCAGCUUCAUGAUUUACUUCACAUUUGUCUGUGAGAUGUUUCUUCUUAAUUGCUUUGCCGAUAAACCUCCGCGGGUGACGAAUUACGAUAAGGAUGAGAAACCUUGUCCGGAAUUAUCGGCAAGCUUCCUUUCACGAAUGUUCUUUGCGUGGUUCGAUCCACUUGCAUGGCAAGGCUUCCGGAAGCCAUUGGAGAAUAGUGAUUUGUGGAAUAUGAAGCCUGAAGACUCAGCCAAGGAGGUGAUGCCACUCUUUGCCAAAUACUGGAAUAAAACACUCGCAAAGACGGCUGAGAAGAACAAACCAACCCCACCGAAGGCAACAUUCUCCAAGGAUUCAGCCAGUGUGAACUUCACGAAGCCCAAAGAGAGGAAAACAGCUUCAAUUUUGCCCGCAAUUGUAAAAGCAUUCGGUCCAACAUUCCUCUUUGGGGCAAUGCUGAAACUUUUCCAAGAUAUUUUGACCUUUGUGAGUCCGCAAGUUCUACGAUUGCUCAUUAACUUCGUCGGUACGUCUGGGGAUGAGAAUCCAGAGGAGGAUUGGAAGGGUAUCUUCUAUGCCGUGCUCCUCUUUGUUGUCGCCUCAACGCAGACUCUCUUCCUGGCACAAUACUUCAACAGGAUGUUCUUUGUGGGCCUUCGUAUUCGCACAGCGCUCAUUUCGGCGAUUUACCGGAAGGCUCUGGUGCUAUCAAACAGUGCCCGAAAGGAGUCAACUGUGGGUGAAAUUGUUAAUCUCAUGGCAGUGGAUGCACAGAGAUUUAUGGAUUUAACGGCUUACAUUAAUAUGAUUUGGUCAGCACCACUGCAAAUUGCCUUAGCCCUGUACUUCCUGUGGGACAUCCUCGGGCCAUCCGUCCUUGCGGGAUUGGCUGUGAUGAUAAUUCUCAUCCCAGUGAAUAGUGUUAUUGCGAAUAAAGUGAAAACUCUGCAAAUUCGGCAAAUGAAGAAUAAAGAUGAGCGCGUGAAGCUCAUGAAUGAAGUGUUAAGUGGAAUAAAGGUGCUCAAGUUGUAUGCGUGGGAGCCGAGUUUUGAGAAACAAGUGCUAAGUAUUCGUGAGAGGGAGGUGCAGGUACUUAAGGAGCAAGCCUACCUCAAUGCUGGGACAUCAUUCAUCUGGUCCUGCGCACCAUUUUUGGUGGCUUUAAUCACAUUCGCUACGUAUGUUUUGGUAGAUGAGGCUAAUGUUUUGGACGCAUCCACGGCUUUCGUUUCACUCUCACUAUUCAACAUUUUACGUUUCCCUCUGUCCAUGCUUCCUAUGCUGAUUUCUAAUAUGGUUCAAACAAGCGUUUCGGUGAAGAGAAUAAAUAAAUUUAUGAAUUCUGAAGAAUUGGAUCCAACUAAUGUUCAACAAGAACCAAAAGAAAAUGCAGCUCUUGUGAUUGAAAAUGGUCAAUUUUCAUGGGGUGGCGAUGAAACUGUUCUCAGGGAUAUUAAUAUGCGUGUGGAGAAGCAAACAGUUGUAGCUGUUGUGGGUACAGUGGGAUCAGGAAAGAGUUCCUUGGUAUCUGCGUACCUGGGUGAAUUGGAGAAGUUAAUGGGGAGGGUAACAAUUAAUGGGACAAUUGCCUAUGUGUCCCAACAGGCGUGGAUUCAGAAUGCAACCCUUCAGGAUAAUAUUUUGUUUGGCAAGCCAAUGGAUAGGAAACGGUAUGAGCGUGUAAUUGAAGCGUGUGCCUUAAAGCCAGACAUUGAUAUGCUUCCGGGGGGUGAUCAAACGGAAAUUGGGGAGAAAGGAAUAAAUUUAUCGGGUGGACAGAAGCAGAGAGUCUCCCUGGCGAGAGCUGUGUACAAUGAUGCUGACAUUUACUUCCUCGAUGAUCCCCUGAGUGCUGUUGAUUCGCACGUUGGGAAACAUAUUUUUGAGCAAGUUGUCGGACGUAGUGGGAUGUUGGCAAAGAAGACGCGUCUCCUUGUUACGCAUGGAAUUACCUACUUACCCGAUGUUGACUAUAUCUAUGUGCUGAAAGAUGGAGAAAUUUCCGAAUCAGGUGCCUAUCAGGAAUUGCUAAAUAAGAAAGGUGCCUUUGCGGAAUUCCUCAUUCAGCAUUUACAAGAAAACACUCCGGAAGAUGAUAAAUUGGAUGAGUUGAAGCAACAAUUGGAAUCCACGGUGGUUGAUGAGGAAUUGCGGGGGAAAUUGGAGAGAGCCAUUAGUCAGAGAUCACGUAGUGAGAGUAAUUCUGAAACAGGAUCAAUUCACGAUACAUCAUCAUCAAGAAGAAAUUCUGAAGUAUCAACAGAUGGGAGUGUUUUGAGGCGUCGAACGCCAGAGAAGAAGGAUGGUAAUGCGAAGGAAAAGGAAAAAUUGAUUGAGCAAGAAAAGUCGGAGACGGGAAGUGUAAAGUGGGAAGUGUACAAGCACUACCUCCGAAGUAUUGGUCUACUCUUGUCUGUGACAACAAUCUUCCUCAACAUGGUAUUCCAAGGCUUUUCAAUUGGUUCCAAUAUUUGGCUUGCACGGUGGUCAACGGAUCCAAAUGCAGGCAAUGAUACGGGAACACGAGACAUGUACUUGGGUGUCUAUGGAGCUCUUGGAGCUGGACAAGUGUUUAGUGUAUUUCUUUCGACACUGUCCCUGUAUUUGGGUGCUCUAAGUGCUGCCCGUCUUAUGCAUGCACAAUUGCUGAGAAGUGUCGUGCGAGCACCGACAACGACCUUUUUCGAUGUUACACCCGUUGGACGGAUCCUCAAUCGCUUCAGCAAGGAUGUCUCCGAAGUGGAUAGUGAUCUACCGGCUACACUUAGGGCUUGGGUUGCUUGCUUCUUUGGGGUCCUCGCCACUCUGGUCGUAAUCAGUAUUUCAACACCACUCUUUGUUGCUGUUAUCGUCCCAAUUGGACUUUUGUACUAUUUUGUUCAGAGAUUCUACGUGGCUACAUCUAGGCAAUUGAAAAGACUGGAAUCGGUCUCAAGAUCACCAAUUUACUCGCAUUUUGGUGAAAGUAUCACAGGUGCUCAGACCAUAAGGGCAUAUGGAGUUCAAGAAAGAUUUAUUGGAGAGUCCGAGGCAAAGGUGGACUUUAACCAGGUGUGCUACUUUCCGAGUAUCAUUGCUAAUCGUUGGCUGGCGGUACGUUUGGAAAUGGUGGGGAAUCUCAUAAUUCUCUUUGCUGCCCUUUUUGCUGUGUUGGGUCGUGAGAGUACCGAUGAGGGCUCCGUUGGGUUGUCCGUUUCGUAUGCCCUGCAAAUCACACAGACCCUCAAUUGGCUUGUUCGAAUGACAUCGGAUGUGGAGACGAAUAUUGUGGCCGUGGAAAGGAUUAAGGAGUAUGCGGAGACAAAGCAGGAAGCCCCGUGGGAAUUGCCAAAUGCAACAGUCCCAACGAAUUGGCCCGAAGUGGGAACAGUGGAGUUUAGGGACUUUCAAGUACGCUACCGCGAGGGAUUGGAGCUUGUACUGCGUGGAAUUAAUUUUGUCGUUGAUGGUGGGGAGAAGGUGGGCAUUGUUGGGCGCACAGGUGCAGGAAAGUCCAGCUUGACAUUGUCACUGUUCCGUAUUAUUGAAUCUGCUGGCGGAAGUAUUCACAUUGAUGGGCAGGAUAUCGCCAAAUUGGGAUUGCAUACGCUGAGGUCACGUUUGACAAUUAUCCCACAGGAUCCGGUACUCUUUUCCGGGUCACUUCGAAUGAAUUUGGAUCCAUUCAACACACAUACGGACGAUGAUGUGUGGCGUGCACUGGAACAUGCUCAUUUGAGGGCUUUUGUAAAGGGUCUAACUGCGGGACUCAAUCAUGAGGUCAGCGAAGGUGGGGAGAAUCUUUCGGUGGGUCAAAGGCAAUUAGUUUGCCUUGCACGUGCCCUCCUGAGGAAGACGAAAGUUUUGAUUCUCGACGAGGCAACAGCAGCUGUUGAUUUGGAAACUGAUGACCUCAUUCAGCGUACAAUUCGGACAGAAUUUAAGGAAUGCACCGUCCUUACCAUAGCUCAUCGUCUCAAUACAAUUAUGGACUCAGACAAGGUGAUUGUUCUCGAUCGUGGCUACAUUACGGAAUUCGCGUCACCGAGUGAAUUACUGCAAAAUAAGAAAUCUGCCUUCUACAGUAUGGCCAAGGAUGCCAAUUUAGUGUAAGAAAAAGAAAAGAACAAUUGUCCGCGUGUUUAAAACAAAGGUCAAGCGUGAAUUUUUACUUAAAAAAAAUAAUUUACAAUUUUCUACGGAAUAAAUAUGCUCAUUUAGAAAAAAAAAAGAAAAAGUUCUUACCGUGAGAGAAAUCUCUUCAAAACAGGGAUGAAAAGAUGAAUUUUCACGCAAAGAAAAUUACUUUUUGAGGGUUUUGUUCUUCAAAAAUUCAUAUAGCAUUUUCCGUGCACUUAAAAAAAAGAGUUUUGUGAUGAUAAAAUGUGAACAAAUUUACUUACAUUUGCGUGUCUUUUUUGCCACAAAUUGAGAUUUUUUUUUCAACUUAAAAUGAAUAUUUUUUUUGCCAGUAAACAAUUUAUUUUCAUUCUAUAUUUUUUUUUCCUUAAUAAAUGUAAUAAUAAUUUUCUAUAAGAAGUACUUAUUAUAUAUAGAUAAAAUGAACAAGAGAUGAAUUUCAAUCUUUUUUUUUUAAAUCUCAUAAAACUGCCAAGAACAAGAGAAUGAUAACAAGUUUUUUGAUUCAUUGAUAAAACGAAUUUGCCGUGUUUUUUGUACCGUUCAAAAAGAACUUUGAAAUAGUUUUUUUGUUUGUUAUUUUUCCUCUACAUUUAGUAGUUACAAAGAAAAAAAAAACAAAGUGCCUCAUUGUAAUACUUAACAAUAUAUUUAAGUAUAUUAAUUAAUUAUUAUUGAGAUGAGAGAGAGAGAGAGAAAUACAGCUAUUUUACUUUGUUAAAAUAAAAUCCCUACAAAAGAAGUGAUGAUGGAAGGUUUAAAAGAGCAGGAUAGAAACACUUUUUAAGGCAAUAAAGUGUAAUGCAAUUCAGUAA